AUGUCGGAACAAGAGAAUCAGAGAGCUGGUGUGGGCGAACAGGAGCCUUUGCUUGGAAGACCUGGUGACGCAUCGCUGGAGGAUGGACUUCCGCUGUACCACAACCUUGUCAUUGGUAUGGACUUCCUCAAGGCCGGAUCCUGGAUUCUUGUAGCCAUCGUCUGGGGCGCAGUGUUCUCCAACCCUGUGAUCCUGUUCUCUGCGCAUCCUGGUGUCCUCAUCCUCCAGCCCACGCAUACACCCAAGCAGAAGAAGCACGGCACUUGGGCUCACGCCGGCCUCAACGACCUCGCUCUCUCGUGCGGUAUCGCCGGCCUCGUCGUCAUCGAGUACAACAAGAUUGCCCACAAUGGCACACACUUUGUAUCACCCCACGCGAUUUUGGGUCUGAUUACCUACAUCCUCAUCCUCAUCCAGGGACUUGUUGGCUUCACGCAAUACUUUGUGCCGCAGAUCUACGGCGGCGAGGAGAAUGCGAAGAAGCUGUACAAGUACCACCGUGUGAGCGGAUACUUCAUCUUCUUGAUGCUGCUUGCGACCGUGGCAGCUGCGACGCAAACGGAUUACAACAAGAAUGUUCUUGAGAUCAAGCUGUGGGCUGUGCUUGUCGCGGCUGCCAUCACAUUGAUUGGAGUUUUGCCCAGAGUCAAGAAGCAGAAGUUCGGCUGGUUGGCCGGACAGUAG